AUGAAUACAACAGAUUCGUUGAGAAUAUUUUGUUAUAAAAAUAAUCGAGUUUUCAUAGACAGGUGUAUUCAUAACCAUAACUCAUAUCAUACUAGUAUUAACCGAUCAACAGCAACAACAACCUACAAAAUGGAUGAAACAGAAAAGAGAGAACUUCUUGAAAGAUACAAUGCAAUUAAAUCGAAAAUCACUGAUCCAAAUGUAACACUAGUUGCAGUCAGUAAAACAAAACCUUCUUUUAUGAUUCGUGAACUUUAUGAGAAUGGUCAUAGACACUUUGGUGAGAACUAUAUACAAGAAUUAGAAUUGAAAUCAAAGGAAUUAGAGGAUUUGAAGGAUAUUAAAUGGCAUUUCAUUGGUAGUGUUCAAUCCAAUAAGAUAAAACAACUUGGUUCCGUGUUGAAUUUGGCAGUGGUAGAGACAGUAGAGAAGUCUUCGGCUGCCGAUAAAUUUGCAAAGUGUUUUAGUAAUCAUUCACAACCAUUAGAGAUCAUGGUACAAGUAAAUACAAGUGGUGAACAAUCAAAGAGUGGAUGUGAACCAAACGAAGUUGUAGAUAUUGUUAAACAUAUUAUCAGUGAUGAACAAUGUAAAAAAUCAUUGAAAUUCUCAGGUCUAAUGACUAUUGGAAGUCCAAACGCAACCGAAGAUCAACCUGAUUUUAAAAAAUUAUUUGAAUGUAGAGAUAGUAUAUCAAAACAACUUGGUUUACCUAUAGAGUCUAUUGCAUUAAGUAUGGGAAUGAGUCAUGAUUUUGUUGAAGCUAUUAAAUUUGGAAGUACAAGUGUUAGAGUUGGAAGUGCUAUAUUUGGUGAAAGAGACUACUCAAAGAAAUAA